UUGGCAUGAUCAAAGAUUUGCUGCCUAUCUAUUUUGGAGUCCUUAGCCUUUGUUAUAUCAUGGUAUUUAGUUGUAUGUUAGUCCUUCAGUGGAGGAAAGGAAUCCAACGAGAACGACGUGCAACAGCAUGGGCGGAGCAGAUUAAAGCUGAACGUUUUUUCUACUGCACAUUGGCUUACUGUGCUGAUCAGGAAGCCCACAAUGGAAUUAAAGCAGAAGUGUCUAUUCCAGAAUGUAAAAGCAUCUCAAAGCAGGAAGCAAUCAACUUGUCCAUUGAGGCUACCCAAGAUACAAGUGAUUCCCUUCUAGACACAGAUCCAUACAAACCAGUAUUUCAUGAAGUCUAUUCUGCCAGCGCUCUUGCUCACUUGCCACCGUUGCUUGAGCAUUCAGCCUCCUACCCUUGCUCUAUUGUUCCAGCCACAAACACUCCGUUCAACUCACCUCUGAAAUUUGCUGUGUUGAAAAAUGAGUCGCACCUUGUUGGUAGCAACAACUCUGCUUAA